GUGUGUUAGUUUUUUGGGGUUUUUUUGCUACACUGACAUAUAGAGGUUCCAUGCAUAAUUCAAAGAUACACUUAAGUUUUAGGAAUCCAAUCUUUUAGGAAGCUUUAAACUUGUUAGUUGCAUGUUAAUAAGUAGGCAGAGGAUAUGAAUUAAAAUAGUAUAUUUUCAAUAAUGUUCAACAUUUACAGUUGCUCAAAGUGCUACAGUACUCACUCAGCUCUUCAUCAUGGUUAUGGUUAAUGUGACCGUAGAACUAGUGGGCAAGUUAGAAGUCAGGGGAAAUAUGUCAGAACUAGAAAUGAACCUGGAACUUACUAAGUUCUUUCACAUGAUCUGCAAAUUGAGAAUAUGAUUUUUCCCAAGAGUUAAGAAAAUAGAAUUAUUUUUUGCAUUUGGAAUAUUUGUGGUUUACAGUAGUGAUAAAGAUUGCCAUGACUGAUAUUUUUUGACAGUUAGUGGCUCUCUGAAUUAAGGUCAUAAGGAAAUAUCAUCGAGAAGGCAAUUAGUUAUACUAAAUGACCCAAAGCAGAGGUGACUAUUUCCCACAGUACUUCCUAUGAAAAUUGCCACAGCAGUGUUUAUAGAGUGGAAAAAAGAACAAUUUCCUAAAUUAAAGUAAUGCCUCUUGUGAACAGUUUUAUGGGUCAUCUACUCAUGCGGUGUAGUUGAUUAGUUUCAAUUUAGGUUAUAUGUAAAUAGGUAUUAAAAUUGAAAACUGCUGGUUCCUUUUAGGUGAGUAAGAACAUUGUCCCUGCUGCUUUGUGCUCUGACUCAUUCUCUUCACUGGUGUUAGCAGAAAGGAUUCCAUUGUAACAUGUUCCUGCCUUUGCUUAAUUGCAUAGGAAAUGCUUGGUUUGUAUUUAGAGGGAUGUAUGUCCUGGGCUACUUUGUACAAUAAUGUGGUGUCGGAGAGCACGUACUCGAGUAUUUUCUCAUGGCACAUAAAUUCUUUUAACAAAAUAAGCCCAUGCCCUUCAUGCUUCUUUUUAUUGUUUUUCCCCUAAGAAUAUUUUGCUUUUAAAAUGUUUUUUAUGUUGCAAAAAAUAAUUUUUUGCUGAAAUUUGCCUGUAAAAUGUAGUAGCUAUAAAGCAUGUAAAAGCUUCUGUGACCACUUAAAAUAUUCCAAAGAAAUAGGAUCACUGUACCAGGCAGUGCUGCCUUCAGGUUUGAAUAAGAAUGAUUUUUGUAUGCUGGAUGAAAUCUUGGUGCUGGUCAGUAUUGCCAAUAUAUGCUUGCUUUUAGCAGCCAAAUUUAUUAAGUCACUGAACACUUUGACAUCUAUUCAUAGUGUGUUCUGAUCUACGUUAAACUUAACUGUUAUUAUGGCACUGUUAUGUUCCCUCUUUUUUGGAGUUCCUGGCUUUGACUGAUGUCAGCUUUGCAUAUAACAUAUAAUCUUUUAUUUCCAGUUGAGCAUGCUAUCCAAAUUUUGAACAGGAACCUUUUAGCUUCUAAAGCUGUUCAAAACAGACACCAUAGUUCUAGCAAUAAUUACACUUGAUGAAUGGAAUUUGUGUGUUAUUUAGGUUUAAGUAUGUACUUCAUUGAAAUAAUUGUGCCUAUUAUGUUCCAUAAAAAGAAAGUUGUAUAUGAGUGAGAACCGUGCUUGAGAGAAAAUGUGCAUACACAGUAAAUUUCGGCACUGAAAUUGAAAAAAGUGACACUAUGAAGCUUUUUUGCAUCUGAAAAGAAUCUGUGAGAGUACACGUUCCCAAAGUGAGAAUGCUGUAACAAAAAGGUACCUAUCUGCCUCUUUCUUGAGUACCUGACCAUCAGUAGACUUACCCAUUUAAAUUAUCAAAGCAUGGUUGUCUUUUACAAGCUGGGUGAUUACCAUUCAGCAAAGAUUGGGGCUUUGAAAUUACAGGAUCUGCCUUUCUCAAAGAGCAAGUGAGGACUGAAAUGCUGUUGCUGUGAAAUUAUCUUAUUGGUUUCUUUCAUCUUUACAUAAUUUUGGAGAAGUUGGAAGGGUCGGAAGAAGGGUGGAGGCACAUGUUUAAUAAUCAUGUGCAUGCUCAUGGAAGAAGGCCUUUAAGUAGGGAGAAAAGAAAAAGGAGAAAAAAUUAUAUAUGGUGGCAACAGAAGGGAAGCUCUUGAGUUUAUUGGCUGAAUUGGUCAGUCACUUCCAUGAAGGAUGAUAGCCAAGAAAGAACAUUGCCUGCAGGUUAGGUAAGUGUAAAUCCCAACCAAUAUCUGGGCAUGCAGAUUCUGUGUGCACUGCGCGCACUUCAUACUAAGAGUGAUAAACAGAGCACAGAGAAGGGUGCUGCUGGAAACCAUCAGGAAGCAAGGAGCACAGGAGCAACAUGGGAUUUAAAGCCUACAGUCCUCUUUACUAGGUUACACACACAAAAGAGGAUGUACCUAUUUGCAUUGAGAGUUGGGAUGGUGGGAGAACAUGUGUGAGAUUAUUUUUUUCCUUUUUUGGGUUUGUUAGGAAUAAGCUAUAGAGUUUGUGAGUCCUUUGUUCUUUGCUAUGUACUGGGUGCUACUGCCUUGAGAAACGCAGGGUAGCACAUUCUAGUUAAGGAUGCAGAACACUUUUACUCCUUCUCUCCUUGUCUGGUUCCUUCUGUUAAGGAAAAUUUAGGAUAUAGCAGUAUUUUCUGAAGCUUUGCUUGUUUACUAUGACACAUUAGCUGUUGUUUCUCUGUUUUUUGUUUGAUUUUUCUUUUUUUCUCUCUUUAAAGCUUUUAUGAUACACGUUGUCAUCUAAGCCUCUGCUGAUCUUUAUACUUUCAGAGUGUGAGGAUGUAAACUUAACCUGAGCAAGCAAAUGCUGUUAUAUAUAUUUAAGGCUAGUCAAGUAACUGCAUGUAUGUGCUCAGAUGUCUAUAUUCAAAUCAGAAGGCCUUUGCAGUCAGCAGAGAGAGAUGAGUGAUUCACCUCUUUCUAAAUGGACACCUGUAUAAUGAUAUGAAAUAGAUCCCAAAUGCUGUCUGAAUUCACAGAAGCUGUAUGACAUCCACAACAUCCUGUGGCAAAUGUUUCCAUAAUUACUUGGGAAGUAAUAAUUUCCAUAUAUGGGCUCUUCAGUUUGAGGGAGACAUGGACAUACUGAAGAGAGUAGAGUGAAGGGUUACAAAGAUGAUGAAGAGGCUGGAACAUCCCUUCUGUGAGGAAACGCUGAGAGAGGUGGGACUGUUCAGCCUGAAGCAGAGAAGGCUCAAGAGGGUCUUAUCAAUGUGUAUAAAUACUUGAAGAGAGGGUACAAAGAGGACAGAACCAGGAUCUUUUCAGUGGUGACAGGUGAUAGAGGCAGUGGGCAGAAACUGAAACAGGAAAUUCCUCAUGAGCAUCAGGAGUCAAUUUUUCUCUACUCUGACCCUCUACUAGGCAGCCCUGCUUGAGCAGAGAUUGGAGAAGAUGGAGAAGAUGAUCUUCAGAGGUGUUUAGUGAUUUGACUUUUUCUAUUCUUAUGUUAUGAGAGACAGCAAACAUUCACUUUCCCUGUGUCACUAAAAACUUGGUAGACCUCUAUAUGUUUUUUCAGUUGCUUUUUAACAGAGAUCAAGUGGUGCAGAACUGAACAUAACUGAAGAGAUGCCAUAGAUGUGCAUUGUAGCAGGUGGUGUAUCUAAAUAUACAGUAUAUACAGCUGGCUCCUGAUUUUCUUCUCAGUUUCCUUUGCUAACAAUUCUGAAAACUUGGCUGAUGUUUUCCUAGACCAGACUAUGAAAAUUUGAAGGUCUGUUUUUCUUCUAGGUGGUAAAUAUUGGUUUAGCAUCUGUUACUGUGCAGAUAACUUUUUUUCAAUACAGGCAUAGCUUUAUCUCUAGUGCUGAAUUUUAUGGGGUAGAUGGUUAGCUUGCCACUAACUCUCAAGAGAGCCCUCUGUACCUUUUUAUAGUUGACCUUUGUUUUUAUUAAAUUGACCUGAGAAACACUUCAUGUUCAUCAUCAACAAAUGUAUUGGUUUUGCAUUUCCCUCUUCUCCUCUAUAGAUUAAAGAGCUUGAACCCCAGUAAAGAUUUUAUUUGUAGGAUCAUUCUGGUGACCUCUUUUCUCUGUAAAAUAACUGCUCCUUUUUUUGUUUCCUAUGUGAAACUGUAGGAGAGAUUGUCUGUAGGAGAGUUUUGCAUUUUUCUAAUGGCAGAUUAGUUUCUUUUAGAACCUUGAAAAGACCUAUACAAAGUCAAUCAGAAAUGCAGAGGUUACCUUUGCUGACUUAUUGCUUACACAACUCUAAAAGAUACUACCCUGGGGAUCUAAUUUUCUUGCUCCAAGAUUUUAAGUCCAGAAUUAUUUGUUGAAUUUAUGUUCUUUUGCAGUCCCUGGAGAAUGCUACAGCUUCCUUUCCUUCAUAGUGUUCUCAGCUUGUGGAAUCAUAAACCUCAGUGGAACUUUGGAUGGAAAUACUGACAUGAACUUAAGAACUUUGAUGCUUUCAAACCUUGAAUUUUGAUUGUUAAAUGACCAGUUCAAAAUACUGCCUGAACAAGAUGAAAUGCCUUGAAGACCUUUGGUUCUGCUUUCAUUUUUCCUGAAGCAAUGGUUUUCUCAGCAAUGUUGACGCUGGCCCACUCUGGGACCUCAAAUGCUACUUUUGUUGUUUAUGAAAAUGCCUAUACGAAUUUUACCACCCCCCAGUUCUUACUUCAUAGUGGCACGACACAGCCAUUGAGAUAUAGUUCAGGUGCUGUGCUCACCACUGAGAGAAGUACUUUCCUGGUAAACACCACAACUAUCCUGCCAUCACAAGAAGUUUUCAGGAGCUUGAGUUUGCCUCUCCAGAUCAUUCUUUCUGCUGCUAUGAUAUUUAUCCUAUUGGUUUCUUUCCUUGGGAACUUUGUUGUCUGCCUGAUGGUCUACCAGAAGGCAGCUAUGCGAUCUGCAAUUAAUAUCCUCUUAGCAAGCCUGGCUUUUGCAGACCUGCUGCUGGCAGUGCUGAACAUGCCAUUUGCUCUGAUAACAAUCCUUACCACUCAGUGGAUUUUUGGGGAUAUAUUUUGCAGAGUUUCUGCUAUGUUCUUCUGGCUUUUUGUCAUAGAGGGGGUAGCCAUUCUUCUUAUUAUUAGUAUUGACCGAUUUCUUAUCAUAGUUCAGAGGCAAGAUAAACUGAACCCCUACCGUGCAAAGAUUCUUAUUGUGAUUUCCUGGGCAGCAUCCUUUAUUGUUGCUUUUCCGUUAUCAGUAGGGAAUCCUAAUCUGCAGAUCCCCUCGAGAGCACCUCAGUGUGUUUUUGGCUACUCUACAAGCCCAGGUUACCGAGCCUACGUGAUAAUUAUCUUGCUAAUUUCUUUUUUUAUUCCAUUCCUGAUAAUGCUGUAUUCUUUUAUGGGCAUACUCAACACCGUCCGCCACAAUGCAGUUCGUAUCCAUAGCCACCCUGAUAGCAUAUGUCUCAGCCAGGCCAGCAAACUUGGUCUCAUGAGCUUACAGAGACCUUUUCAGAUGAAUAUUGAUAUGAGCUUUAAAACUCGUGCCUUCACAACCAUCUUGAUUUUGUUCCUUGUCUUCAUAGUCUGUUGGGCGCCAUUCACCACUUACAGCCUUAUUGCCACGUUCAACAGCCACUUCUACUACAAGCACAACUUUUUUGAGAUAAGCACUUGGCUCCUUUGGCUCUGCUACCUCAAGUCUGCACUGAACCCACUGAUUUACUACUGGAGGAUUAAGAAGUUUCAUGAUGCAUGCUUAGACUUGAUGCCCAGAUUCUUCAAGUUCUUGCCACAACUCCCUGGCCAGACAAGGCGGCGCAUCCGGCCCAGUGCCAUCUACGUGUGUGGGGAGCAUCGGACUAGUAUAACACAAGGACUGUGGUGUUCUCUUGGUGCCAGUUCACUCCUGUCCCAUGAGAAGAGUUGCACGUGGAAUGAAACCUCUUCCUGCUGAAAAAAUAAUACAAGACAUGCAUUGCUAUGAAAUAUCCUCGUGUGAAACUAAUACAGAGGAUGUUUUAUUUUGAGAAUAAGGGCCUAUUACUUCCAGUUUAUGUAUAUUAUAGGCUGAGAUAUUUUAUUUAACCAGAGGCCCUCUAGCUCCAAUAGGGAUUAGGAGCUGGGAAACAUCCACUAUUGUUAAACCUGCAGGGAGUAUAUAUCCAGUUCUACCACUUUGAAACAUUCAUUUGACAAGGCAGUGAAUUGAACUUGGAUAUUUUUUUUCUUCAAUCAGUGUAGGCUGGUGGGUUUUACAGACAGGCUGGAUGUUUCUUGAAGUCCUUGGUACCAGUCUUGGACCAGCAUGAUUUUGUGCUGGUUUUUAUGUCUUACAGUGAAAUGCACAUUGCUUUAAGAAGUUUGUAUUUGAACAUUAAUAAUGGGACUCAUUAUGGUUUCCUGAACUGUGUGAUUUCCAUAAUAGCUAUGUGAGAAAUAAAAGAGACAGUAAAAUGUUACUUUGUUGCUGCAUUUAUCUGCUUGGUACAU